AUGCUCCCAGUCAUUUCCAGCCAUUGCCUUUGGUGGGGUAGGCUUCAGAGGAGAAUCUGCCUGAACCAAGCAGCGCUAACCAGGCAGCACUUACGGCACACGCACAUCAGAGUUGGAGACCGGGCUGAGCUCAGUAGGGCCUUCACGCAGAGGGACGUGGCUACCUUCUCAGAAUUAACAGGGGAUGUCAAUCCUUUGCAUUUGGAUGAAGAUUUUGCAAAACAUACCAGAUUUGGAAAGACAAUUGUACAUGGAGUUUUGAUCAAUGGACUUAUUUCAGCUCUCCUAGGUACUAAAAUGCCAGGGCCGGGUUGUGUAUUUCUUUCCCAGGAAAUUAACUUUCCAGCCCCUUUAUAUGUUGGGGAAGUUGUUUUAGCUUCUGCAGAAGUGAAAAAGCUGAAGCGGUUCAUUGCUAUUAUUGCAGUGUCAUGUUUUGUACUAGAAAGUAAAAAGACUGUUAUGGAAGGCUGGGUUAAAGUUAUGGUCCCAGAAGCUCCCAAAUCCUGAAAUAUGUCUUCAAAGAUGCAAAUUCAGACAUCAGCCUUACUAUUAUUGAAGAGCCUCUGAGGAAAAUAGGGAUAGCUCUUCUUUACCAAGGAGGGGUUGAUAGACCCAAAAGCCUAUAUUGGGGGAAGGGAGCAGGUAGGGGAGUGUUCCAGUGUCCACUUAAGCUUUGGCCUUAAUGCUUCACACAGGCUUAAGUAUAUUUAUCAUCUGUCUAGGUUUUUUAAAACUGAAAAAAUAGGGAAUUCCCUGGCAGUCCAGUGGUUAGAACUUCAGACUUUCACUGCCAAGGGUGUGAGUUCAGUCCCUGGUCAGGGAACUAAGAUUGGGCAAGCCAUGUGGCACGGCCAAAGGGUGGGGGGUGGGGAGUGGGAUCAGAGGUGAUUCUAAGCUUGGACAUUCUGUCUAGGCUGCCAUGAGGUACCAUUAAAAAAAGAAAACAACAAAAUGAAGAAAUACUGGAAAGUUAUCAUUUAGCUUAAUGUUCUACUUUUAGGAUUUCAAACCUACCUGUAUCUGUGUAAAAUAAGUUUCUCACUAAAUUUAUAAAUAGCUAGCAUUUAAUUAUUGAAGGCAACGAUAGAAGAUAGGUUAUCUUUGAACACCUAUCUUUUACCAGUAAAUAUUCUUAGAUCCUGUUCUUCAGCAGUUUCUGGGUCAGAGUUUAUUGUAAUUUGUUACUGUUUGUACCAAGAUGGUAACUUGUUCAACCUUCAAUGUCACUUGCCUUUCAGAUGGUUUUCCUGUUAUUGGAGGAGGGCUUAUGUGCAGACUUGGACUCAGUUAUGUAAGCUCUCUUGGUCUUAUUUAUAAAACAGGGACAUAACACCUACCACAUGGAUUGUUGGCGAUGACAGAUACAAAUAGUUAAGCACAAGGCCUAGCCUGUAAACAGUAGCUACUGCUAUUGCUCGUUCUGUGAAUAAGGUUAGAGCUUUUCCUGAGUUUGGAGCUAACUGGCCAAAACUUAGAGAACAGACAGUCUUUUAGGAUGUCAGCAAAUAUCUAUUGGUAUUCUAAACCUGGAACAGAUCUUGAAUGCUAAGUUUCUAGUUUAGUAAUCCAGAUUUUUUUCUCUCUCCCCUGAAAAUAUUGUGGGGUCCAUUGCUCCAUUAUAUAAGUACUAUAUGCUUUUAUUUAAAAAUUUAUAAAAUAAAAAAUUUAAGAAACACUGUGGAGGCCACGUUCUUAAGAGUUGAGGGGUAUUAGAGAGGAAAUGUGCCUCAUGUAUUAUUACUAACUGGUCAUCCCGAACAUAGCCAACACUAUUAAGACAGGCAUCUAUUGUGGAACAUAACAGGUGGUCCACCUGUGCUCUGUGACUCAGACCACAGCCAGAUGCUUUGAUCAGGAAGGUAAGAUCAGGCUUAAUUGGUUGCAUCAACCCACAUUUCCUGGAAAAAGAUUUUUUCUUCAUUCUGGUGGAUGAAUAACUAGAUUUUUUAUUUAUUUAUUUUACAUCAAGAUCAGUUAAACAGAUUACUAGAAAGAAUUAUUCUAGUCACUAGAGGGCAGUGAUGUACACAAAUAGAGUAUUUUAAACUUUAAUACUGUACCAUACUCUAGUUAGUAUUGGUGAAAUGAAAAUACCAAAAUCAGGGUGAGAAGCAAGGAUGCCAUUAUGAGUUUCAAAAUGGGCGGCAUGUACAGGUUCAGAUCCACCUGAAGAAGGUGUAUUUAUAGGUGAAACACUAUUCAUGCCAAAGAUUUGAUGUGACGUUGAAAAACAAACUCUGGCAGAACUCAUUCUCUGGGACUUAACAGCCGUCCUGAAGCGUGAGUUCAUAAGUGGAGUGUGAUGUGAUCAUUAAUACUAUAAGCUACCAUUCUUUCAAUGAUAAGCCAAUUUUCUACAUUAAUUCUAAUCCUUUAAACAGUUUUAUGAAGUUAAGUUAAUGUUCCAUUUUCUAGUCAAGGAAAUAGACUGAUGCUGUGUGACUUGCCCAAGGUUGUAUAGCUAGUAUGCAGUAGAGCUGGGAUUCAAACCAGCCUGCCGGGCUCCAGAGCAUGUCUUUUUUUCCAUCACCCUGUGGGUCUUAUAAUGUUCCCAUACUGGAACACUCAGUUUCUAUAAUAUCUUGUAUGGCAUUAAAGUAUUUGGAACCACCA